AUGGGUUUGGAAGAUUUUGAUAUGGAAGAAGAUAGCUUACCCGAUUUGGAGUUGAGUUAUCUACCUACUGAGUUGAUCAAUACAUCAACAUGUCCACCUGUGAUCAUUGCAAAUGAUCGACAGCUUCAAAAUUUUGUUGGUUUUGUUCAAAAGUGUGUUUCUACUCGAUUGUGCGUAACAUCUAAAGCCAAAGUUGAGAAUCUGAAUGAAACAGACUUUGAUCUUAACAAGUCGCCAGCUGAUUCAAGUACUGCUGAAGAGGAGGGAAACUCGGUUGAUAGGGGGAACGAACCAGCUCCUGUGUUUGUUGAGAAGCAGUGCGAGAAAAAGAAAGAAAAGAUUAGAAGAGUCGAAGUUGAUGAGGAUGCCUAUGAUGCUGAUAUCAUGAUCUCGGCCAAAGAGGACAUACAUAAUAUGUCAAAGUUUUCUCUUCUCAAUGAUGUUAAGAAGGGACAAUUGUUUGAGAACAAAACUUUGCUGAAGGCGACUUUCGAGAUAUGUGCACUGAAGCAUAACUUUCACUACGAGGUUAUCAAAAUGGAUAGACAGCUUUGGUAUGUUAGAUGUGAGGAUAAUGCAUGCAAUUGGUGUGUUCGAGCAGAGUGUUUGAAGGAUUCUGCAUAUAUCAUUAUCAAAAAGUAUGUCGGUGAACAUACAUGCGCACCUUCAAGCAAAACCAAAGCGGGUAAGACUGCUUCGGCCAAAACUAUAGGCAGUCUGAUUAUGCAUAGGUAUGAAGGCGUUAAGGAAGCGCCAAAAUGCAAUGAUAUAAUACAGAUUAUGCGUAUGGAUCAUGGCUGUGAGAUCACGAAAUCUUUAGCAUGGGAUGCUCGUGAAUAUGCGGUUAAUGCAGUUAGAGGUAUUCCGGAGAGAAGUUAUGGAAAAAUACCAAAAUACUUGCACAUGCUGAGAGAGGCUAACCCGGGUACACAUUCAUCGUAUGAGAUUGACAGCAAAGGGAGAUUUCAGUACCUGUUUAUUGUAUUUGGGCAAUCGAUACGAGGAUUUAACAGAGUCAUAAGGAGGGUUAUUGUGGUUGAUGGCACUUUUCUGAAGAAAAAAUACAAAGGAAUUCUAUUGGUUGCAACUGCUGUAGACGGAAAUUCUAAUUUGUAUCCUCUUGCAUUCGGAGUAGUCGACUCAGAGAAUGAAAAUUCUUGGGAAUGGUUGGUAUGUUCAAGUAUGCAAGUUGUGGGGCUUGAAAGUGCAGUAUUGCAUUGUCUCGUAUGCUAUGAUUUUGAGUUUGAGUUUGAGUUUGUUUGA